AUGGCGUCGUCGGGGGGACUCUCGCUGGUGCGCCGCGCCGUCGAGGCCGUGCGCCGCACGCCGCGCUGGCAGAAGAGGCUCGUCUUCCUCACCGUAGGAGUUGGCACUGUAAGUUACGCUUGUCAGGAUAACCGGGUUCUUCAAAUCAAUGAGGGUUCAACUGGCAAGAAAAAAGUGGUAAUACUUGGAACUGGUUGGGCAGGCGCAAGUUUCUUGAGAAAUAUCGACACUUCUUUGUAUGAUGUCCAUGUGGUAUCACCUCGCAACUAUUUCAUGUUCACUCCUUUGUUGCCGAGUGUGACAUGUGGCACUGUCGAACCACGUAGUAUUGUGGAGCCAAUUCGCAAUAUUGUGAGAAAGAGAGGUGGUGCAUUUAGAUUCUGGGAAGCAGAGUGCUUCAAGAUUGACCCAACAAGCAAGAAGAUCCACUGCAGAGCAGGCGAUGGGACCAAUGCUGAUGGCAAUGGGGAGUUUGUUGUGGACUAUGAUUACCUUGUUGUGACUGUUGGAGCUAAACCAAAUACUUUCAACACCCCGGGUGUUGUUGAAAAUUGCCAUUUCCUAAAGGAAGUAGAAGAUGCUCAAAAGAUCAGGAAGAGUGUCAUGAAAUGUUUUGAAAAAGCCUCACUUCCUAACCUUACUGAGGAAGAGCGGAAGAAGAAUGUUCAUUUUGUUGUUAUUGGCGGUGGCCCAACAGGGGUAGAAUUUGCUGCAGAGUUGCACGACUUUGUCAAUGAGGACUUGGCAAAGUUGUAUCCUGAUGUAAAGAAGUACGUGAAUAUUUCAGUAAUUGAAGCUGGAGAUCAUAUCCUUACAAUGUUUGACAAAAGAAUCACUCAUUUUGCUGAGGACAAGUUCAAGAGGGAAGGUAUUGAUCUGAAGACAAACUUUAAGGUCGUGAAGGUGUCUGAUAAGACUAUCACAAUGACUAAUCCUGCAACUGGAGAGAUUGCUGUUCCUUAUGGCCUGGCUGUUUGGUCCACUGGAAUUGGGACACGUCCGAUAAUUAUGGAUUUCAUGAAGCAAGUUGGGCAGGCAACCCGUCGUGUGCUAGCAACAGAUGAGUGGCUUAGGGUUAAUGGAUGUGAUAAUGUAUAUGCACUUGGUGAUUGUGCAACUAUUACUCAAAGAAAAGUGAUGGAAGAUGUUGAUGCAAUAUUCCGGGUAGCAGACAAGGAUAAUUCUGGCACUCUAUCUGUGAAGAAAAUCAAACAUGUUCUUGGUGACAUCUACCAAAGGUACCCACAGGUGGAGCUGUAUCUCAAAACCAACCAAAUGAAGGGCUUCCAUGACCUACUGAAAGAUAAGGAGUCAGAAGAACUGAACAUCGAAGAAUUCAAAAAAGCCCUUGCUCAAGUUGACUCACAAGUCAAGAUGCUCCCAGCAACAGCUCAGGUUGCUGCGCAAGAGGGAGCUUAUCUGGCAGACUGCUUCAAUAGGAUGAAUACUUGUGAAGAAAAUCCAGAAGGCCCUCUAAGGAUCAGGGGUGCAGGGCGUCAUCGGUUCAAACCUUUCAGGUAUAGGCAUCUUGGCCAAUUUGCACCACUUGGUGGAGAGCAAACAGCUGCGCAGUUGCCUGGUGAUUGGGUACAUGUCGGCCACAGCACUCAAUGGCUGUGGUAUUCUGUGUAUGCAAGCAAACAAUUCAGCUGGCGCACAAGGAUGCUAGUCGUAACUGAUUGGGGAAGGCGGUUCAUCUUCGGAAGGGACUCCAGCAGCCUAUAAAUUGAACUCCAGAUCUCGUUCUGCUAUCUGAAGAUCUGUUAGACUCUGAUGCUACAUUCAUCAUACAACAUCAUUCGUGAUGUUCCACAAUUUUGAAAGCUUAAUCUCCCUAUAGCCUAGCAAGGUUUUGUUUGCCAAAUUUGGCGUUAUUGUUUUGGUAUGAUAAACUUUAUAUGC